CAUACACUUGCUUCCAAGCAUAUUGUAACAUGGAAAAUUAUUCGCUGCCCGUUUCUGCAAUCACGAAUGGCAAGAGCUUAGACGAAAUUCGUAAAUCCGCAAAAUAUCAUCCUUCCAUUUGGGGAGACUUCUUUCUCAAAUAUAAUUCAGAUAACACGAAAAUUAGUGAUGUUGAACAAGAGGAACUCGCAAAACAGAAAGAAAUGGUCAGAAAAAUGCUCUUUCAAACACCGGACGAUUCAACAUGUAAAUUAGAACUCAUCGAUGCGAUUCAGCGUCUGGGAGUGGAAUAUCACUUCGAAAAAGAAAUCGGGGAAUCCUUGAAAUAUAUUCAUGACAAUUACAAGCUGCAAAUUAGCAAAGACAAUGAUGAUUUAAGCAUUGUGGCUCUUCGUUUUCGUCUGCUUAGACAACAAGGUUACAACGUCCCAUGUGACGUGUUCUGUAAAUUCACUGACGAUAACGGAGAUUAUGUGGCGUCGUUGAGAAACAACAUCGAAGGUUUGUUGAACUUAUACGAGGCGGCCCAUCUUCUGAAACACGACGAGGAAAUUCUGGACAAAGCGAUAGAGUUUUGUUCGUCACAUCUUCAAACAGAACUCCACAAGGUGACUGAUGUUUCUCUCUCGAAACGUGUUAAAGAAGCUCUGAAGAUGCCCAAUCGCAAGGCACUCACAAGAUUGAGUGCUAGAAAGUUCAUGGACGUGUAUGAAGAAGACGAAUGGCAUAAUGAAACCCUGCUGAAAUUUGUAAAAUUGGAUUUCAACAUAGUGCAAAAGAUGCACCAGAUAGAGCUGAGUGAUGCUACAAGGUGGUGGAAGAAAUUCGACGUGGAGAAUAAAAUGCCGUAUGCAAGAGAUAGAAUUGCGGAAUGCUUCCUUUGGUCUGUGGGAGUUCUUUUUGAGCCAUGCUAUGCUAGAGCAAGAAAAAUAUUGGUGAAAGCCCUAAGCAUAGCUUCCAUUGUUGAUGACACAUAUGAAUAUGCAACCCUAGAUGAACUACAGAUCCUCACAGACACUGUUGAACGAUGGGAUGUGAAUGAGACUUUGAAGGAUUUGCCACCAUGCAUCCAAAUGUGCUACAGAAGCCUUAUUGACACUUAUGUUGAUUUUGAAAAUGAACUUGAGAAGGAUGAAUCCUACCGAAUUCAAUAUGCAAUUCAAGACAUGCAAAAACUAGGGAGGGCGUAUUUUGACGAAACAAAAUGGUUGUAUAACAAUUUUUAUGUUCCAACACUAGACGAGUAUUUGAAGGUGGCUCUCAUAACUUCCGGUUACAUGAUGGCAUCAACAACUUCUUUGGUGGGCAUGAGUGACCAAGUUAGCAAAAAAGAUUUCGAUUGGAUCGUAACCGAACCUCUAAUUGUUCGAGCCGCAUCAGUAAUUUGUCGAUUAACGGAUGACUUAGUUGGAGAUCAGUUCCAGCAGAAACCCUCGUCUCAAAUUUGUUACAUGAAACAAUAUGGAGUGCCACACGAGGAAGCUCGUGCUCAAGUUAAGAAACGGGUGAGGAACGCAUGGAAGGAUAUAAAUCAAGAAUGCCUUGAGCCAAGACCCGCGUCUGUGUCGAUUCUUAUGCGUGUUGUCAAUCUUGCUCGCGUCAUAAACCUACUCUAUUCAGAUGCCGAUUGCUAUACUGAUCCCAACAAAUCCAAAGCAUGGGUAAAGAUGGUGCUCAUUGAGCCCGUGGUGUGAUAUGAAACGGUCCAUGCAUGAACCGAGCAACGGGAAGCCAUCAACAAUGAAUCACAGUUCAAUUGAGACACAAUGUUGGCGCCAAAAAGUGCUUCAUAGGUCAUGUAUGAGUCUUUGAGUCCUCUACUUUAAUUUUAUUUUGUUAUUUAAUAAAUGUUCUGGGUUUUCUUUGUCGGUUCUUUCCCAGAUCGAAUAAGUGAGUCAAACCGCAUAGGG